ACAUUGACAUUCAAGGAAGUUUAAUAUAAUAUUUGGUUCAUGAAUCUGUAGGGAAAACGUAAGCGAUAUACAGAGCGAAUUUUCAAUUUUCCUGGUCUUCGUACAAUUGAAAUACAAAACAAAGUGGAGAAUGAAGAAAUUUAUUGCCAGUCCAUUUGUUAUCGUUAUCAUUCUGGGUAUUCUGCUACUACCAGAUGCAUCAUUUGGGGAGCCAAGAGCUCAGAAAGUUGAGUUAAUGUGCGGGAUCCAAACUCCGAGCAACCCCACCAUUUCCGUCGGAAACUUUGUUGUCACGAUGGAAAACAUAAGCGUGCAAAUGCGACUUUCAGGCUUUGGCGUAGCAGUAACAGGCUCCGGACCUAAUAUUAAUUAUGGACUAGCACAGUGCUAUGGUGAUCUUUCUUUACUCGAUUGUUUCUUAUGCUACGCUGAAGCGCGUUCGAUUCUUCCUCGGUGCGAUCCUGUCAAUAGCGGAAGGGUUUUCCUCGAUGGCUGUUUUAUGCGAGCUGAGAAUUACAGUUUCUAUCAAGAGUAUAGUGGACCAUAUGACAGGGCCGUCUGUGGGAAUAGAACUCAAAAGAAUUCUGCAUUUCAGGUAUCAGCAAGAAAGGCUGUGGCACAAGCAGUUUCAGCAGCACCAAACAACAAUGGCUAUGCACGGGUUCAAGUGCCCGUGUCUGGGACGAAAAAUGAAUCGGCUUAUGUUCUUGCUAAUUGCUGGAGGACACUUGGUGCUAGCUCUUGCAGAGCUUGUUUACAGAAUGCAUCUGCCUCUAUAUUGGGAUGCUUGCCAUGGUCCGAGGGUCGGGCGCUGAAUACAGGGUGCUUUGUUAGGUACUCCGACAUCAACUUUCUUAAUCCUAUGCCGGGAAAUGGAAUUUCAAGAGGGACAAUAACAGUAGUUGUAGCUGUAGCUGUUAGUUCAGUAGGUGUUUUGGUUAUUGGAGCAGUCAUUGGAGUUUAUAUAUGGAAGCACAGAACAAUGCAGAAGAAGAGAAAAGCUUCGAGUAAUGCAGGAAAACUGGCAAAAACCCUUCACCAUAGCAGCUUGAACUUUAAAUAUUCCACACUUGAGAAAGCAACUAGUUCUUUUGAUGAAGCCAACAAGCUUGGGCAAGGUGGAUUUGGUGCAGUGUAUAAGGGAGUUUUGCUAGAUGGAAGAGAAAUUGCUGUGAAGAGGCUUUACUUCAACAACAAACAUAGAGCAGCCGACUUCUACAACGAAGUCAACAUGAUUAGCAGUGUCGAGCACAAAAACCUGGUCAGGUUGUUGGGAUGCAGUUGCUCAGGACCCGAAAGUCUUCUUGUAUAUGAAUUUUUACCAAACAAGAGUCUUGAUUCCUUUAUCUUCGAUCCAAGCAAAGGAAAAUCAUUAAAUUGGGAGAAGAGAUUUGAGAUAAUUAUAGGGAUUACAGAAGGGUUGGUCUACCUUCACGAAAACUCGAAAAUCAGAAUCAUUCACAGAGAUAUCAAAGCAAGUAAUAUACUCUUGGACUCUAGACUCCGUGCUAAAAUUGCUGAUUUUGGGCUGGCGAGAUCUUUUCAAGAAGAUAAAAGUCAUAUCAGCACUGCCAUUGCAGGAACAUUAGGAUAUAUGGCUCCAGAAUACUUAGCCCAUGGCCAGUUAACAGAAAAGGCAGAUGUAUAUAGUUUUGGUGUACUUCUUCUUGAAAUUGUUACAGCUAGACAGAACAGCAAUAGCAAAGCCUUCGAAAACUCAGACAGCUUAGCAACUCUUGUAUGGAAGCAUUUCCAGCAAAGAACAGUAGACGAGCUGUUUGAUCCGAACAUAAUGCUGCAUAAUUAUCAUAACGUCGACGUUAAGAAUGAGAUUCUAAGGGUUGUUCAUGUCGGGCUCCUGUGCACUCAAGAGAUCCCGCCCCUACGGCCAUCCAUGUCUAGAGCACUACAGAUGCUGGUAAAGAAAGAAGAGCACCUCCCUGCACCGACCAAUCCCCCUUUCAUGAAUGAGAAGACUAUGGAACUUAACAAUGCACCAGAAAACCCGUCUUCGCAUUCGAUUGCAAGCAUUUCUCAGAGCAUUUUCUAUCCCAGAUGACUUCUGAAAUUUUAGCUGGAAUUCUUUGGGCACAUAUGAGAAAAGGAGUAGUUGAACUUUCGUUUAAUAGUCCACUAUUUUUGUUAAUACUAGUCAUUAUCUUAUUCGGCAUUUUCUUGAAGCACUA